AUGGUCGGCGGAGGCGACCACGCUGCCGACGCGACAGGCACGCCGGAGCCGGUCAUUAAAGGUUUCGCCACGCUUGCACAAUUGCAGAUUGGCGUCAAGGCAUAUGUUGAAAAGAAUGGUGAACCAAGAAAAGCAGAAAUCUUAUCAAUCAAGCAAAAGAUCGGUGCUUUGACGUUCUAUGUGCAUUAUGUCGAGUUCAACAAGCGUCUUGAUGAAUGGGUCUCGGCGGACCGUAUCGACUUAAGUCAAGAGGUGGAAUGGCCCGCGCCGGAGAAGCCAGAGAAGAAGAAAACGACAGUGACGAGCAAGGCACCGCCGUCCAAAGCUGCCACCUCCAAGAGUAUCACAACUACAAAAGUCCCAAGACCUCGCGCAGACUCCAGACCUGGCUCUGCAACCCCGGAUCUCCUCAACUCCAAAGCGGGCAAUGACAGGAAACGACCCCAACCAUCGAAAGCAGGCGGAAAAGAGAACCAAGACGAUGCUAUCGCCCCAGAUGGCGAUGCAAGCCUUUUCACCACGCAGGCCGGCACGCCUCUGCCCGCGCUCAGCCAAGAUGAUAGCAAUCUCAGUGCCGCCGGUGGAACACAGCAAGACGUGGAGAUGACGGACAUGCUGACGAAAACGGAAGAAAAGGUCGCCCCGAUCAUGGAACCAGAAGAAGAGAUCGAGAAGCUACGUACUGGUGGCAGCAUGGUGCAGAAUCACGCUCAACUGCACCUGGUGCGCAAUCUCGAAAAAAUCCAAAUGGGCAAACACAUCGUCGAACCCUGGUACUUCUCACCCUACCCACAAGAAUUCGCGGAUCUGGACAUGGUGUACAUCGACGAGUUCUGCCUGUCGUACUUCGGCAGCAAGAAAUCAUACGAACGACACCGGUCGAAAUGCGAGCUGCGCCACCCCCCAGGCAACGAAAUCUACCGCGACGACUUCAUCAGCUUCUUCGAGGUGGACGGACGGCGGCAGCGCACGUGGUGCCGCAACCUAUGUCUCCUCUCCAAGCUGUUCCUCGACCACAAAACCCUGUACUACGACGUCGACCCCUUCCUGUUCUACUGCAUGGUGACGCGCGACGAGCACGGCUGCCACCUGGUCGGGUACUUCAGCAAGGAGAAGGAGUCGGCCGAGGGCUACAACCUUGCGUGCAUCAUGACGCUGCCGCAGUAUCAGCGGCAGGGACUGGGUCGCCUGCUCAUCGCCUUCUCCUACGAGCUCAGCAAGCGCGAAGGCAAGCUCGGCUCGCCGGAGAAGCCGCUCUCCGAUCUCGGUCUGCUCAGCUACCGCCAGUUCUGGAAGGAGAUCCUCAUUGAAUUGCUGUCGGACCCGAGCCGCCUGCCUGCGCCGGGUUCUGCGAGCCACACCCCGUCGUCCGAACAUCUGCAUCCACACGCGUCGUUGGCGUUCUCUUCUGGUGCGAAUUCGGGUCCCUCCGCGCAGUUUUCGACCAGUAUUGCUGAGAUUGCGAGUCUGACCGCCAUGAGCGAGAAGGAUGUGCAUGAGCAGCUCGAGGUGUUGAGGUUACUGCGCUAUCACAAGGGCGCGUGGAUUAUUGUGGUCAGGGAUGAGUUGCUCGAGUGGCAGGUCAAGCGACUCGCCAAGGAGAAGAUCAAGGGCGCAAGGAGGAUUGAUCCCAGUCGUUUGAAUUGGAAGCCACCCGUUUUCACCGCGAGUAGUCGUACGUGGAACUGGUAG